GACGCGGAGGAUGAGUACGCGGCGGAGGAUGAUUUCGAGACGGAGGACGGGGGCGAGGACGUGGAGGGCGGGGCAGAGGACGAGGACGUGAAGGACGAGGACGUGAUGGACGAGGACUUGAAGGGCGAGGAGGACGACGACGACGCCUUGAGGGACGAG